UUUCACAGCUUUGUUCAGUCGGUUUGGGAUUUAAAAUGCCUCUCAAUCAGUUUGUUAGAGAUCCUGCUGCUGAUCAGCUGCUGCAUUAUGCAGCUGAACAUCAGAAAGGAAAAAAGUCCAUAACCACCCAAUCUGGUAACCCUGUGGGAUACAAGGAUGCCAGCUUAACAGUCGGCUAUCAUGGGCCUACGCUGCUUCAAGAUGUGAUGCUUCUGGACGAUCUGAGCCAUUUUACCAAAGAACGUAAUCCGGAGCGAGUUGUGCAUGCUAAGGGGGCGGGCGCAUUUGGUUACUUCGAGGUCACUCACGAUAUUACUCAAUACACUGCUGCGAAGCCCUUUGCGGAAAUUGGAAAAAGAACACCGAUUGCCAUGAGGUUUUCCACUGUGGCUGGCGAGAGAGGGUAUCCAGAUACUGUGCGCGAUGUCCGGGGGUUUGCCAUCAAGUUCUACACUGAGGACGGAAUUUGGGACAUUGUAGGCAACAACACUCCGGUGUUCUUUGUUAAGGAUGCUGCUGUCUUCUCCAGUUUCAUUCACGUUAUGAAAAGGAACCCGGUGACCAACUUGCGCCCAGACUACGACAUGUUUUGGGACUUUUGCUCCCUGAGAACGGAAACCACGCAUCAAACCCUGAUAACGUUCUCAGACAGAGGCGUGCCAAGGUCCUACCGACACAUGCACGGCUAUGGCUCCCACACUUAUGGCUUCGUGAACAAUGAGGGCAAGUUCAAUUGGGUCAAGUACCAUUUUGUAACCAAUCAAGGGAUAAAAAACAUUAAAUCCCAAGAAGCCCAGCAGCUAGCUGGGCAGGAUCCGGAUUACCACGCUCGGGAUCUCUACAAUGCCAUCGCAAGGGGCGAUUUUCCCUCCUGGGAUUUUUACAUUCAAAUUAUGACUCCCGAGCAGGCCGCCAAAAGUCCCUAUGAUCCCUUCGAUCUUUCCAAAGUCUGGCUACAUGCGGACUAUCCAUUGAUUCCGGUGGGACGAAUCGUGCUGAAUAAAAACCCCAGCAACUACUAUGCGGAAAUUGAGCAGAUCGCUAUGGAUGUGGCGCAUCUGAUUCCAGGCAUCGAAGUGUCGCCGGACCGAAUGUUGCAGGCCAGAAUGUUCGCCUACAGAGACACUCAUCAGUACCGGCUGGGCCCAAAUUACUCCCAACUACCCGUGAAUAGUGCCUACAAAGUUUCCAACUACAACAGGGAUGGAUAUGGCACAGUCAACAGUCAAGGAGGGGCGCCCAACUACCACCCUAACAGCUUCCAAGGCCCGGAAAACGAUGAAAGAGCUCAAGCGUUGUCGCCUUCGAUUCCACUGCAUGGAGAGGCCAAGAGGAUUGAUAGUGGCAACGACGACAACUUCACCCAGGCCAGACUGCUCUACCAAAGCGUCCUGAAAGAGGAUGAAAAGGCCCGCCUGGUCGAAAACCUAGUAGACUGGCUAAAGCGUGCCACUUUGCCUAUCCAGAAACGCGCCAUUGCCACCAUGUUUGAUCCAGUGGAUAAAUCCCUGGGGUCUCGAUUGAGACAGGCUUUGCACCUCGAUGAGCAGUUCCAUAUAGAGUUUUAACUGAGCAACAAAUAAACACCUUGUAUAAGCAA